UGACGUGAAUGCAGCUCGGUUUAGCUCUGCGGUAACAAUGGCUACUGUCUGUCAGAUUUGGAGACCGGACAGAGGACGGUGCCUUAAAAGCUACGGAAUUAUCGCCGUAUUGUUUAUGGACCUCAUGUUACAGUGUGUUAACGGUUCCCUGAGCACAACUAAUGUUGAGACCCACUACACAAGAGAUGGACCUUUCAUCACUAGCCCGGUGGUCCCCGAUGCAUCCUCAGUGUUUCCUGCAGAUGAAGACACAUCCAAAUGUCCUAGUGGGGGUUUGUGUCACCGCCUGCCAGCUCAUUGCAUUCAAUGCGAUUACCAUCUCAAGUGCACAUAUGGCAAACCAACUUUAUUUACCUGUAGACCCAAAAAAGGCGUUCACUGCAUAGGAGAGUCUGGACACCAGCAAACCAAUUUUUCUCUCAAUAUCACCUGUCAGUUCUGUUGGCAGCUGGACCCUUCCCAGUAUCGCUGCACAAACUCCACCAACUGUAUGACAGUCUCUUGCCCACGCAAGCGCUACAAUGCCACCUGUGAUGUCUUAGAUCAUGUACAUUGCUUAGGUAAAAGACGUUUUCCAAAACGUUUAUUUUGUAACUGGACUGGUGGAUACAAAUGGUCAACAGCGUUAGCACUCAGCAUUACACUUGGUGGUUUUGGGGCGGACCGGUUUUACCUGGGCCAGUGGAGAGAAGGUCUGGGCAAACUGUUCAGCUUUGGAGGCCUAGGCAUUUGGACUUUGAUUGACGUCCUUCUAAUAGGGGUUGGCUAUGUAGGACCCGUUGACGGUUCUCUCUAUAUCUGAAGCAAAGCCCUGGAGACAUGGCUGGCUUUGCUCUUCACACUGCUUCACUCUCAAAAGACUGAAGAGCUGAGAUGCUGUGUUCUUAGCACGUUUGGCUGGCUAAGCUCGCUGUGUAACACGUCUUCAUCCCAUCUGCUAACAAGCAGGAAGUGUUUCCCUCAUCACACAAACGAUGAUUCUACCCACACAACCAUCAGAUUGAUCCCAAUCAUUCUGUGUCCAUGUCCUGUUGAGAUUGCGCCGAUGGUACUGUGCAGGAGUAUAAGGAACCGGUAAUUACCUCUGUCCAGUUUCUUUGACUUAACUAGUGGUUAGGUUCUGUCUUGCUGAUAGGUAGCUGUGGUUUCCUGUGGAGCAACGCUUUUCUGUUGGAGUUGUGCAUUGCUUCUCUCUUGUUGCAAGUUAAAUGCUUCAAUAGGGGUCAAAUGGUAACCAUGGCCAUGCAGAAUUUUAUAGUGUCACCACACAAAGGACAAAUUGAAAGGUGAUAUUUAUAUCCUGAAAGUAUGAAUGUGCAGAAGGGAUUUAAGGUGUUUCUUUUUUUAUUGAUUGUCAUUUCAGUGGACAACCUGAACAGUUAUUUCAGCAUGUACUUUAUUUCUUCACCUACAUUCAUUCAGCAGUGCACAACUGUAAGAACACUCACCAAACAGGGGUACAUUUUAUGUUAUAAAAGUUAAUAUGUUUAAUAAGUAAAAGCUACUAUAGUCUCACAACAGCAUUGGGUAGUAAACCAAAAGGAAGUAGUGUAACUGUCUCUUCCUGCAGCAUGUAGUUGGAUUUCAGUUGCAGAACAGAUAACAAUCGGUGUAUGAUUGUGUUUGUGAUAAAUAUUGAAACACUUGAAAUGUGCUGCAAUAGCAAACUCGGCGCCUUGUGAUUUCCGUAUUGGAGAUAUCCUCUGCAUUUAAGUGGCAAUUUUCUGUGAAAUCGUCAUCAUCCUUUACAGACGUCUUUGUACUAACACUGUAAAAUCUUUUAAUUCACCCGCAUUAUGUAAAUAUGUUUUAUGUGUCAAUUUAAGUUGCUUUUUUUCCUCUGUAAGGGCACUGUAAAUGUUGUUUUUUAGUUAAGAAAAUAAAAUUGUGAAAUAUUUGUUUAUCAAAUGUACACAGCACUGCUAACCAA